AUGUCGCUCGAAUCGGCUCUCGAUGAGGAGAGGAGGGAGGUCAUGGCCCUGCUCGAGGGAAGGCCUUCGGUGCCCCGACCCAAGCGGACAGACAGUCCCAGUGCUCGAGGACAGAGCCCUGCUGCUGCUGCGUCGCCAGUCCGCAGCAUGCUCGACAUUGGCCCCCAUCCGCCACGGAGCAUGCUAGACGUUGGCCCUGCAUCUGGUCGCUCUGCUUCCGUCGCGGGACAAGGCGCAGGAAUCACCCGCCCCAGAGUGGGCUCCGGCAGUAUCCUCAAUCCCAGCUCUCCACCGCGAAGCCCAAACCGCGUGCCUGGAUCGCCGCCGCCGAUGGUCCAUAACGCCAUAGACAGUGCAAACACGAACCCUGAAUCGGCCUACAAUUUCGACAUGAUGCCGACGAUCGAGGCGCGCUCGAUGCCGCUGCGAGUCACACAGGGCGGGAAAAAGCCAAAGAAUAGCGCCAUGGCUUCAGUCUACGGCCACUCUACAGACAUACUAGGCACAUCGCGAGACAAAAACGCGCGACACAAUUCGACGGGCGGUCUGCUGGGCAAGAAGUCCAGCUCGCCGCACGCCGGCAGGUCUGCUUCCCCGGGACUCAACACCAACUCCUUCAACCCGAUGCCCGACCCAAAUAAAUUCCUCCUCGACUCUGGCAAGGUCAUGGAUAUGCAAUCUGCCUAUCGGAGGUUGUCUGACGCUGCCCUGAUGCGUUCUGGUGGUACUUUGUCGCAAUUACCGGUUCGAAAAGGUUCUGACCCAACGAGGGGAGAAACUUUGGCUCCCGGAGGCGGAGUGAGGCUGGCAAUUGAUGAUGAGAAUGAUGGCGAUGAAGGUGCGGUGGAGAGCAGUGCCGAUGACGCUGAUUCAGAUGGGAGCGAUAGCGAUCGCUGGGGCUCGGAAAAAGGCCGAGGACGGCGACGUAGCCGUGUUACAGGGAAAGCUAAAAGCGACCCAGGGAAGAAGAAGUCGCCCAAGAGUUUACUGGCUGCGGCUGAGGAUGAGCGCAUUGAAGUUGGCAAGGAGGUUUACAAGGUCCGGUCGUUGUUGGACCCCCAAGUGACCGUCACUCCACCAGACGGGGAAAGGAUGAUGACCAAGGGGAAGUCUGGAGUUCAUCCGCAUACCAACUUUGACCAAGGCGGUGGAUCAGGUCUUUCGACCCCGAUGAGUUCGGACACUGAGGCCGACUUGUCUGAGAUCAAGACGGCGCAAAUGAUGUCAAUGUCCAUCUCACCGAUUGAUUCGAGUCCGGAGGCUCAUCGAUGUGUUCGUCAAAUCGUUCGGGGUAACUGGCGUAAAUUCCAGGAAGAUGCCGAGGCUGGCUUGCGACGCCAACGUGUCUAUCUCGUCGCUACUGAUGUCAGCGAGGAAGCUGCAUACGCUUUGGAAUGGACGAUUGGCACCGUCUUGAGAGAUGGCGAUACCCUUCUCGCUGUGUACGCUGUCGACGAGGACACGGGCACCGGUGCAGAAGCAGGUGUUGGCAUCGGACAGGGUGCAACUGCACAGCAAGAGACGGCUUCCUUGAUGAAGACGCUGUCUAGUCAGCAACCCAUUCAGGGAGGUCUCAGCCCUGGGCCGUCGCCACUGAACAAUAGCAUGUCGCACUCGGAGCCUAAUUUCAAGAAUAUGCAGAAAACAGAAAAGGAGCGGUACCAAGCUGCUGUGGAAGUGUCGGAUCGGUGUGUAAAACUGCUCCGGAAGACUCGGCUGCAAGUCAGAGUGGUCGUGGAAGUAUUUCACUGCAAGAGCCCGAAGCAUAUGCUUACGGAAGUUAUCGAUUUUUUGGAACCCACACUCGUUAUUCUUGGCUCAAGGGGCCGAAGUGCCUUGAAGGGCGUUCUCCUUGGCUCGUUCAGCAACUACCUCGUCACCAAAUCGUCUGUGCCUGUCAUGGUCGCCCGAAAGCGACUGCGUAAGCACAGCAAGUAUAAGCGAAAGAACCUGCGCCUAUCCAACGUACUCACGAGUCCGAACUCGAGGUUGGAGACAGCUAAGAUUGAUUGA